UGAGUUCCUUCGAAUAAAAGGCUGAUUUAAGCAACAUUCUUCCUGUAAUAAAAAGUUCUCGAAAAACCGGUAUUUGUGAUCGAACAAUUAAUUAAAGCCUUCUUCGGUCAAGGAUGUUGUCCACAAAAUGAAACACGCCUGUAACGCUGUCCUGUCAAAGUCGAUUCAUUUUUCAAGGACGUUACACGAGGGACGUGGAAUUUUCCGGUGGUUACGAGAUCAUAGUGCCAAGAAAAGUCAGAGCGGAUGGAAAGUUCGUGUCGCAUCAAAUACCUCAUCACUUCAAGCGUUCCUUUUACGCAGCUCGAUCCCACAAAAACACCCUUCCCGACGACUCCGUUCACUACCGCCUGCAGAUUGGCGGCGAGGACCAUCAUCUCGAGCUUCGACCGAAUCAUCGUCUUGUCGCUCCAGAUGCUGUUAUCGAGGAGCACAGAGGAUCGUGUAACUCCAAAAGCGGAAACAACGAAGACUUCUUGAAAAACGUAAAAUUGCAACGGAUGCGCGACUCGCAGUGUCAUUAUCAAGGACGUGUUCGUGGUCAAUCGGAGAACAGCGCUCUGUCCACUUGCUAUGGUCUCGCCGGAUAUAUUAGGACGAAACGAUCUUGGUACACGAUCGAGCCACUGGCUGGUCACGAUUUCACGAAAGAAGCGGAGCAUCCGCAUGUCGUUUACAAAAAGAGACCGGAUGAAUUCGAAAGGAAUAGCCAGAUGCUGUGUAACGUCACCGGCAAUAUGGCCAAAAGCAUUGCCAAGCGUGCUUUCAACUCGCAGAAGAAGCAUCCUUCCAGGAAACAGGCCAGAUCCUACACGCUCGAAUUACUGCUAGUACUCGACAAGACCGUUCUAGACUAUCACAAGAACUUUGACGUUGGCAAUUACGUGUUAACAUUGCUCAACAUGGCUGCAGGUUUGCUGCACGAUGUCAGUCUAGGAAUACUGAUGGAACUGAGCAUCGCCAGGAUCAUAAAAAUGCAUAUCCAGGAUGAUGAAAUGAGUUUAGCGGCCACCAAGGACGCGGACAAAACUUUGAAAUACUUCCAAGAAUGGCAGCACAUGAUUAACCCAGGCGACGAUACGCACCCUAACCACCAUGAUUGCGCAGUUCUGAUCACAAAAUCUAACAUUUGCGAUACAUCGCGCCUGUGUGGUUUCACUGGUACCUCGACCAUCGCAGGAACCUGUGAUCCUUUGAAAGGAGCAGCUGUUGUAAGGGAUGUUGGUCUACACACAGGAUACCACGUAGCGCAUCAAAUUGGACACACAUUAGGAAUGGCGCACGAUGUUCAGAAGGAAAAUGGUUGCCCGGGUAUAAUCCAACAUGGAAAAGGGUACAUCGAGACCACGGUCAUGCACCCCGGGAGUCUGUACAUCACGAGAAAAUGGUCCAAAUGUUCGCGGAAGUCUCUGAAAUUGUACAUCGAAGCAGGUUUGGGAUUCUGCCUGGAGGAUAAGCCUUACAUUCACGAGUUCCCCACUACGAACUUGCUUCCAGGAGUAAUGUACAACGCGGACGAUCAAUGUCGAAUGAUAUAUCAUCAGGGUGCACGAAACUGCGACUUAGAAAUGAGCUGCGAAACCCUGAGGUGUGCCAUUCCCGGAAAGGGUUGCGUGUCCGCCAGGAAGCCACCAGCCGAGGGCACCAAUUGCGGAAAAAACAGGUGGUGUUAUGGAAUGAAAUGCCUGAUGGCCGGCGAGAGGCCAGGCGUCGUGGACGGCGAUUGGGGCAGCUGGUCACCUUGGAGUCGGUGUUCUCGAAGUUGCGGUUCCGGUGUGGCUUUCUCGGUCAGACGAUGCGCCAAUCCUUCGCCUUCCAACGGUGGAGCGUAUUGUCGGGGGGCAAGAAAACGACAUAAAAUCUGCGCGACUAACCCGUGCGACAUAGACGCACCAUCGUUCCGAGACGUUCAAUGCGCCGAAUUCAACAGCUGGAUUUUUCCGGAAGACGGAAAAGUUCACCGAUGGAUGGCUUACAAUCUACCGGAAAAUCUGAAAGCCUCCGAGAAUCCAUGCGCCCUUUAUUGCCUGAGCGAGACGGGCGUUGUGGCCUCCCUAAGACCGAAAGUCGUCGAUGGCACCACCUGCUACAGGGCUAUCCGUGACAUUUGCGUCGAAGGGAUUUGCAGAGAAAUACCCUGCGAUCUGAAUAUGGAAUCGAACGCUAUCGAAGAUGUAUGUGGCGUUUGCAGGGGUAAUGGCACCUCUUGUCGGUUGAAAGAGGCCACGAUAACCAUCGGGAUGGCACCUCAACCGAAGAAAAUAGUAGACGUACCAAUUGGAGCGACGAAUAUCCGCGUCGAGGAAACCAAACCGACCAAAUCCAGGAUAAUGGUACGAAGUAAAGACGGAAAACCGUUGAUCGAUGGCGAUCAUUUAGGAAUGUUCGAGGUGGCGGGAUCGAAGGCGUGGCUAGGAACUACAAGACCGAACCAGGAGGCUCUGACCAUACCUGGACCCGUUAUGAAAGACUUGGUUAUAUUGGUUGUACCGAAAGAGAACGUGACGGUGAAGUAUUCGUACGGUGUGAAAGAGAAGAGCCCUCGUAAGCCGGAAUUCUCGUGGGACUUUGUCGACUGGGAAAAAUGCAGCGCGAACUGCGGACCCGGUGAACAGAUUUCCAAGCCUCGUUGCUUAGAAAGAAUCGCUGGCCUGGUAGACGAGAUGUUUUGCAAGAAUAUCCCGAAACCGGAGGCGAAAGUGAGACCCUGUCAUCGGGCUCCUUGUCUGCCGAGAUGGAUGAUCGGUGAGUGGCAAGGAUGCCCGUCCUGCUAUCUCGGCUGCGAAAAGAAGCGAGCUGUCAUAUGCGUACGUCCUGUGGGCAAUGCCGAACAGGAUGUAGAUAUUAUCGCUGACAGCUACUGUCAAGGACCCAAGCCGAAGGAACGAGAAUCCUGCGGCGACCGGGAGAAACGGGACGACGUCCUGGCACGAGUUGAAAAGAGAACAAACGAUCAACGCGUGGCUAGAAAAAAUUCAGAAAACCGAGCGGAACGAGACCAGAAGCUAACGAAUACUAAAAUUGUGAAGAAGGGCGAAGUCGUGAUCGAUAAGGAAGAUAUUAAAAAUUUAACGCUCACCAUUAUCCUAGAGCGCGACGAAGAAACUGGUGCUUUAAAAUUUCCAAAGGAUUUCGAACCGCAACCACCGACCAACAGUACCGAGUACACUUUGGUUGGAAUAGACGCAAUUAGAUAUAUACAAAAAAUACAAGACGUUGCGACCAGCACGGAACAUACUUAUCUGUAGCUUAGUAGUGCCUA